AUGAAGAUGUCCAGCAAUACUAUCAUAACUCUGCUGAUCGCAGCCUUUGAGUUUUUAUGGCUACAAGACGUUUCAGUUAGAGCAGCCCCAUUUUUGGACAACCUGAACUUCAGUCGCUUGAAUCAUAAACUGUCUGAACACUUGGAUAGCCUACUUAAUUUAGAUGCCCCUAAUGAAACAAGGAAAGGACCAAUAAAUUAUUUUGGUUCCCGAACCUAUCAAAGAAACAACGUUUACGGCGCAAAUGAUGGAAAAGGCACCGUUUAUGGAUCUCAAGACGUACAAAUUGGUAAUUCUUACUCUGGCGAUCCUGAUGCAACAAACGUGUACGGGCCUAUUCUUGUACAGGAGAACAAUACAUAUCGGGGAAAGAAUGAAAACGCUCAAUAUGGAGCUAGCGUCUCGCGAGCUGGAAACUCUUAUGAUCACAAUCGUGGGAAGAACGAUAUCUACGAUCCAAUAAUCAUUCAAUCCAAUAACACUUACCAUGACAAUAUCAAGAACAAUAGCGUGCUCGAAGCUGACGUCAAACCAAGUGGUCAUGAUCAUUCACCGUCUCAACAUCAUCCCGUUUUGAUUGGUGCUCAUGUUCGAUUAGGUAUGAAGAUAAAAGAGCAUGAAGAAAUGAAAACAAUUAUUUUCAAUAACCUCAAGACUGACCAACCAUCUUCCAAGCGAUGCGCCAAUGGCAUGGUGAAUUCAGAGCGACUGGAUGAAAUCAAUAGCUUGUACCUUGAAGUUGAGACACAAAUUGCUCAGUUAAGAGCACUGAAAGAGAUCAACCAUAAUCGCAAAAUCAUAUGCAACACUAUCCCAAAUCAGUGUUCUAAGCAUGAUCGAGUGCGACAUUGGAUAGCGCGCUCGAGGCAAAUUGUGACGACGAACGCCAACCGAUCCAAAACACGUUGGGAGAGCUUACGAAGGUGCUAG